AUGAAGUUAAAGUUUAGUGGGGCAAGCACUGCAAGACUCAAUAAUAGCGAACUAUUAAUAAGUAAAGAUACAAUGGAUUCUGGCAAGAUGGAAACAAUUGGAGAUGUGUUAAAGCACUUGUGCAACACAGAUACAGAUGUGAGAAGCAGUUUCUUUGACCGUCAUGGUGAACUAGCACAUGGAACAAUCUGCAUCAUCAACAAGAUGGAUUGGGAAAUCGUGCAAAGAGAAAAAACACCGGUUAUGUAUGGGGAUGAAAUGGUGCUUAUAUCUACGAUCCAUGGCGGUUGA